CGCUUCACUGACCUGAAAGAAAAUCAGAUUGCCGGAAAAUUUUGCCGACGGCCUCUUAUCUUCGUCGCUGUCUCUCAAUCCAAUUUCUUACCUCGCACCACUCAACCUCUCGCCGUCCAUCAAUCCAGUUCCCCUUUCGCCUUCAAUCCCUCAUCUACGUCUCGAAAGUUAGGGUUUCUAGGUUCUCGGUGAUGGUGGCGGUGGAGGUUGGCAGCGCAAUUGAAGUGGAGGAUCGGAUUCCGAAGGAGGCGAGGAGGAUUCUUCACUCGCUGGCAUCGGAAUGGAGCGAUGUGGUGGAUUCGCGGGCUUUGGAGGUGGUGCAGCUCAAGGGGGCAAUGACGAACGAGGUGUUUCAGAUUAAUUGGAGGGUGGAGGGGAGGAGGGAGAGGAAGGUUUUGGUUAGGAUCUAUGGGGAAGGGGUGGAUGUGUUCUUUGAUAGGGCUGAUGAGAUCCGGACGUUUGAAUUUGUUUCGAGGCACGGGCAGGGGCCACGAUUGCUCGGGAGGUUCACGAAUGGACGCGUGGAGGAGUUUAUUCAUGCUCGGACUCUCUCCGCAGCCGACCUGCGAGACCCAGAAAUAUCUGCUCUUCUAGCAUCCAAACUUAGGGAGUUUCAUGAUCUUGAUAUGCCUGGUUCAAAGAAAGUAAAUUUGUGGGAUAGACUAAGAAACUGGCUCAAAACAGCUAAGGGCUUGUGUUCUUCUCAAGAAAUUGAAGAAUUUCAUUUGGAUACUUUGGAUGAGGAGAUUAAUACUGUGGAGAAAUUAUUGUCAAGGGAUGGUCAAAGGAGAGGAUUUUGCCAUAAUGAUCUUCAGUAUGGCAACAUUAUGAUGGAUGAGGAGACAAGACAGAUAACUAUAAUUGAUUACGAGUACGCUGGCUUCAACCCUGUCCCAUAUGAUAUUGCUAAUCACUUUUGUGAAAUGGCUGCUGAUUACCAUACAGACACCCCUCAUGUCCUUGACUACUCUAAAUACCCAGACGUUGAAGAACGCAAAAAAUUUGUUGAGAUAUAUCUGAAAUCUGCAGGUGAAGAGCCAACCAAAGAGGAGCUUGAGAAUUUACUUGACUCGAUAGAGCAAUAUACACUUGCAAGUCAUUUACUUUGGGGCCUAUGGGGCAUAAUUUCGGAAAAAGUGAAUGAGAUUGAUUUUGACUACAUGGAGUAUGCCAGGCAAAGGUUUCAGCAGUACUGGUUGAAGAAACCUUCCAUUUUUGGAAUCAAAGCCUCUUUGCUGAACAAAGCUGAUGAUGAUUCACACGUGUAGAUAACUGCUUGUAUGUGUUCUUGCCCUGUAAUGUAACACUCUUAUAUCUUCAGUGUGAUGGGUGCUUGUUUGAUUUUUCUUCCCCUUUCAUCUCUAUCUGAUUGUGAAUAAAAUACAGCUUUAUGUAUUCUAAUAAGUCUUUGGCUUGUUUCAAGCUGUUAUA